UCAAGGAUAAACUGGACCACACUCGUCUUACGACAGAGCCGUCGCCGCUUCACAAGUAUAUAAGUCCCGGCGUGUGGGCGUCAGCAGCACAGCAGCCCUCGACAACAUGAAGUUUGUGAUCCUCGCCGCCGUGGCCGCCGUGGCCCUCGCCGCCCCCGACAGGACCUACGGCCCGCCAAGGAGGACCUACGACGCCUCGGGUUCCCAAGAAUCCGCGGAGAUCCUCAAGCACGACUUCGUCCUCGAGGAAGACGGCAGGUACAACCUGGAGGUGGAGACCAGCAACGGCAUCUCCGUGGCCCAGCACGGCAGCCCCGAUGGCCCCGAGGGCGCCGUGGUCUCCGGCGGAUCAUACUCCUACACCGCCCCUGACGGCACUCCCGUCCACGUCAAGUUCGUCGCUGACGGCAACGGCUACCAGCCCGAGUCUAACCUGCUGCCCGUGGCCCCCGAGUUCCCCCACCCCAUCCCCCAGUUCGUGCUGGACCAGAUCGCCAAGGCCGCCGAGGAGGACAGGAGGUCCAGCAGUCAGAGGGGCUACGACUAAACUCAACUCACUGACCACCUGAUUCAUGGAGAGACUUUUGGCCUCGCUGACAGCACACUCAUCGUCCACUGUGAAGUUUGUAGCUUUAUGCUACAACGAAACCAAAACUGUGUAACAUAUUUAUUUGUUUAUUUAUGAAAAUACAAAUUGUC